UGCUGCUCUCUCAGAACUCCCUCCCUCCCUCCCUACCUUGCCGUCUGUUAGCUGCUGCUCUCAGGACUCUGAAAAAGAUGAAAGAAGCGUUUCCCUCUUCUCUUUCCAAGACGUUGUCUCUACCCUAGCUAGAGGGGCAAAACCGUAAAUCUGACACAAUCACCAUUCUCGAUUCAAGGAAAGGACCUCACUCCGUCCCAAGCGAAGUGUGGCAUUUAGAGGAAACAUGCACACACCAUCCUCAAAGUUGAUUUUCCCCUUUUAUCCCUUUCAGAGCUGUACAUUUUCUGGGAUAGGAUGGAAUUCAAGCUGGGGAGCAGAGGGGAGCAUUGCCUUUAUAGGAGUUCUGAUACUUAUAGAAAAAGUGUAAGCUGCAGCAUUUUGGAGUGGGAGAGUUGUAAGUUGGAGCAUCACUUUUUGGCUCUUCAGAUGUAGCAAGUGCCAUCCAGGUGAAUUUGUUGUCCAUAAAAAGGAUCUGUUCUAUGUUAUCAGGAACGUAAUAGAGGAUCUUCUGUAGACAUUUUGCACACAGGCUUAUCUAUGCCUGGCAAUGAAGUUCCCAACAACCUCCACAUUUUCUUCCUGCAAGAAAACCUGUCACAGAACCAGCAGCAAUCUCAGGCUCAGGCUCAGGGUGAAAACUGGCCAAUCUUGAAUAGCAAUCCAUGGUUUUGCAAUCGGAGACAGAAUGAAGCAAUCCCAAAUUCCAACCUGAAGGAACACAGCAUAGAGUCAGAUUAUGUGAGAGGAAAUGUCUGGCAGUCUUCUAGAAUAACAAUUGGCACAGAUAUUGCGCAACUAAAUUUGAGACCAGAGUUCGUGAAAACCCAACCUAGAAACCAGCAGCUGAGUUCAAAUGCAUUUAUGUACAGUCAAGGUGUCCAGACGAGGCCCAAUCAGGUAGAGUUUCUUGGGGAAGAUUCAGUAUCCGUCAGGCAGAAAUUAAUGUCUAGAAGCUUACCUAUCCUUGAAACACAGCUAGGGAAUGCCCUGAGCACAGUCCAGGCUCGUAAGAAAUUCAGAAAGAUUGGAUACGAUUUUCUUGGGGUCCAACAGCAGCUUAUGAGGAACCAAGAACCAGGUGCACCUCAACCUUGGCUGAGGCAGCAGAUGGGUUUAAACGAUAUGCAACUGUGGCAACAGCAAGUCAUGCACAAGCAACUACAGGAGCUCCAGAGACAGCAGCAACUUCAGCAACUUGAUCAGCAGGCAAGGCAGCAACAUUCUUUGAGUCAACUCUCUGGAGUUGCAAAGCAGUCUAGUGAUCAAUUACCUGCCUUGGGCAAUGGUGCACCUAUGCAUGAUGCAACUAACUACAUGUGGUCACGGGAACAUGAUGGAGGCGACUCUAAGAUACCGAGCACCUCUCAAAUGUAUAUGGUUGGCAACAUGAACUGGAUACAGCGUAGUGGGCCAACUUCUGCUCAAGCAUUUCCUAAUGGGCUUAUGCUUCCACAUGACCAGGGUCAGGCAUUAUGUUCAAUGGGGUUUGCUCCUCAACAGUUCGAUCAGUCCUUAUAUGGCGCUCCUGUUGGUGGCGCAAGGGGCAACUUGAGUCGUUAUUCUCAUGUCCAAGGAAUAUCUCAUGACAGUGCUGAUAUCUCAACUAAGUUUGGUGGGAAUCAAGUAGAGAAGCAAGUAAUUCAGCCAAUUGCCAUUAAUUCUUUUCAGGUUGCUCAGUCUCCUGUAUUUCCUGAUCAGCUCUGCACUCAGGAUGGUUCUCCUGUUUCCAAGCAAGGUUUUCAAGAGAAAAAUUUGUUUGGGCAUGAUCCCAUACAAACUCUACCCAAUGGCUCUGUAUUGGGAAAUUUUCAGCAAGUGAAUCAAUUCCCAAGGAAUGUUCAGGUGCAGGAAUUUCUUGGGAGGCAGGAGGGUGAUGGUUGGGUGGGGAACUUACAGGAAAAAGCAGUGUCAGAGGUUGUCCCUUCUCAGGGAUCGGUUAGCCUAGAUCCCACUGAAGAGAAAAUCUUGUUCAAUUCAGAUGAUGGUAUCUGGGGUGCUUCUUUUGGCAGGACUUGUGGCAUGAGUGAAGGAGGCGAUCAGUUGGAAGGUACCGAUCAUUUGAAUGCACUUGCAUCUGUUCAGAGUGGGAGCUGGAGUGCUCUUAUGCAGUCAGCUGUAGCAGAAGCUUCUGGUGAUACAGGGCUACGAGAUGAGUGGAGUGGCUUGAGCCUUCAGAAAUCAGAGCUGUCAACUGGGAAUCAUCCUACGUCGUUGGGUGGCAGUGGGAAGCAACCAACGGCAUGGGUUGAUAACAACUUGCAGACUGCUUCUUCUUUAGCUUCAAGACCCUUUCCUCUGUUUGACGACGCAAAUAUGAGUCCAGGUCGUCAUAGAGUGUCUGAUUUUCAGCAAUCUAAUGUAAAAUAUACAUUUGGAGAGAUUCAGAGAGUAAUGACAAAUGCGUCCCAUGAAUCCUUUCAGAGAUUGCCUAAGGAAGUAAGUAAGCCACUCAUCGAGGGUAGUCAUCAAGUUCAGAUGCCUAUUCCUUUUGAAAAAACUUCUGAAGGUGCUUGGGGAAGACAGAUUCACGAGCAGUCACACAGGUCAGCAGAUUCUGCGGAUAUGGAGUUAAAUGUUUUGAACAUCCAGGGUUCUUUGGUUCACCCGCAGAGCAUGUCAUCCUACAAUACUAGUAGCCAGUCGUUUCAUAAAACAAAUAGUUGGAACAUUAACGAGUCACUCUCACCAAAUGGGGAUGGUACAGUGGGAACCAGUGAUAUUGAAAACCGUGCUCAGAGCAGCGACAAUAAGAGAGCCAUGCCCAUGGAAAGGGAUCAUGAUGGGGGUAUGUGGAAGGUUGAUUUUAAUCUUUCCUUCCCAAAUUCAUCUGGUAGGUUGGAGCAAGUAAAAUCUGGAACAGGUAGUCCACAGGUUCAUAAUGAAACUGCUCUGCGAGAUUCAAGCACUUCGAAGAUCAAUCAAGAAAUGAACCAUCAUGUCCUACAUAGUGAUCACAUUAAUUAUGGGAAGCAUACAAUUGUUGGUUCUUCUGAAAAAUAUGAUGGAAAUGAGAAUGUGGGAAUAUAUCAAUAUCCACCGAGCAAGGGCCCACAGGCUCAGGAAUCAUCCCUGAAUAACUCUUAUAGGGGAUCAAGUGAAACUGAGAUGCAUGAUAAAAAACAGGAGAGUUGCAACCAGAAGGAGAUAUCUGACAGCUAUAGCUCUGGUCAUUCUCAUCCCGGUCAGCAUACUGUUACUGGAGGUGGCACGAAAGAGAAUGCCUGGUUAAGUGGAAGUGAUUCUCGUCAUGUGGUCAGCAGCGACCAGAAGUCUCCUGGUCAGGUUGGUCGAAAAUCUUCUGGGUCCCACAAAUUUCAGCAUCACCCAGUGGGAAAUUUGGGAGUUGAUAUGGAACCUGCUGACUCGCCAAAACAUGCUACACAUUCUCAGGGCGUACCUCAGCCAAUUGCCCAAGGAUUGAAAGGUAAAGAGCAAGGAUAUUAUGGGCAAUCAAGGUUUGUGGGUCAUGUUGUCCCAAACUGGGCCACAGAUAUUGCAAAGGAUCACUUACCUGAUUUGCUUAGAAAUGCAAAAGGAGCAGAGGAAGUGCCUUCUAGAAUCACAAAUUUUGGUGGCCAUGACUCUACUAUGUCUGCUUCCUUUCAUGGAUCGGGCUCCUUUUAUGGUUCAAACAGGACUGUUCAUCCAAGUCAAAACAUGCUUGAGCUUCUUCACAAGGUGGACCAAUCUAGGGAGGGCAACACUGCAAUCCACUUGGGCUCUCCCGACCAUAAAUCAUCAGAUAUGCCUGAACCAGUGAUACGUUCGGCUUCUUUUGCUCAACAGCAGGGUCAAUCUUCUGCAUUGCAAGGCUUUGGAUUGCAAUUGGCCCCUCCAUCUCAAUGUCUGUCAAAUACGAACCAUGCUUUGUCCUUGCAGAUUUCUCCACAAAUAGUUGAUGAUGUCAAUUCUGGGCAUCUCGGUUCAGAGGUCAGAGAAGAGGGUCAAACGAGGUUGUUGACUGCAUCUUCUGUGCAGUCGCUGGCACCAUCUGAAAGAGAACAUAAUCAAUCCAGUAUUUCUGGACAAGCAAGCAUUCAAACUUCACAUUCUACUGCGCACAGAAACUCCUUGCAAACUGUUACUCCUGGCACACCUCAUCCAAGUAACCACCUUGAAGAUAAAUGCAUCUCGAGUGCAAGUGGAGAUCACAGUAACCUUGCUUCCCAUUUUAGGCAGGCACCUGACCCUAAUAAUGGAGUUGCAGAUCGAUCUACUCCGGCAUUUCUACCUGGUUCGUAUGACAUGAUUCCACCUUUCAAUCUUACUUCACAAGCAGAUACUUGCGUUGCUGUUGCUUCUGCACAAUCUUACUCCAGCAAUACUGGUCAUGCCCAGCCGAUGAAUCCAAAUCCUUCCUUUCCAAGGGGUUUAGGACAACAUUUUUCUGUCUCACAGCCUCCUGUUACGUCAGGCAUGUCCCAACAAGGUUCCUUCUCAUCAAUGUCUCAUAACGUAUGGACCAAUGUACCAGCUAAACAACAUUUACCUGGUGGCCCAUCACAUAAUGUUCCAUCCAACUUCUUUCAGUCUAUUCGCCCAUCAACCAGUAAUUUGGAAGCAACUUCAUGGGCUCCACAGAAGGCAGACGAUCAAACUGUGAAAGGAGGAAAUGGUCCAUCUGAACUUGUUACAUGUUCUGUUAGUUCACAGCAAAUUGCCUAUGGGGAAUGGCAGCCAGGCAAAGAAAGCUCCAUGCAACACAUGCCGCUUGAGAGGGCUGAUCUGGCUCCAGGUACAGCUGGUGCAUCCCAAGUGCAAGAACUUAAGGCAAAGAAUCUUUCAGAUGCAAUCUAUAUUGCUUCUACUUCUUUUGCAGUUCGUCCAGAUCAACAUGACAUUGGUAGAGGGAAGGAUGGGCAGGAAAGAUUCCUUGUUUCCCAAUCAGAGCAUGUUUCCCUUAGCAACACUGACACUUCUGAUCAUGAUGCUGAAGCAUUUGGCCAUUCUCUGAAACCGUCAGAUGCUCUGCACCAAAACUACACCCAGCUUGAUCAAAUUCAAGCCAUGAAAGGUGCAGAAACUGAUCCAACUAUGAGGAGUGGGAAGAGGCUUAAAGUAUCAGAUUUCAGUUCUUCUUCUCAACAGGCAGUUUCUAGGACUGUUCAGCAUUUUGCAUAUGGAUAUGGUAGAACAGUCAGUGAUCAUGUAGAUAAUGAACUGAGUGCAGCAGCCCAACAUUCGCCACAUGCACUGUCAGACUCUAAAAUGCUGUGCUUUUCUUCGGAGAGGAAUGAAGACGUAAAUGCAAAUGCAUCAUUUCAGCUUCAUGUUCAAGAUCAACAUUCUAAAGAUAUGGCCAUUUUUGGACGAAAUGAUCCCCAAAGUAGUUCUAGUCAUCCUAGUACAACGUCUACUCCAUCACUCAGAACAAAUGAACAUCCUCGGGUUAACCCACAGGUGGCACCAUCCUGGUUUGAGCGAUAUGGUACCCAUAAAAAUGGGCAGAUUCGGGCAAUGCAUGAUGAAUUGGACAGUUCAAGGAGCACUGUGAAAGUGGCUGCUCAAGAGUCUUUUUUUGGAAAAGCAUCUGAGAGCGCGUUGCAUGCACAUGCUGCAAUAGUGCGAGCAAAUACUGGUAAUGCCAGUCAAGUUGGUAGUGUCUGGCAAAGUUCAGCGAGCACACUAGCAUCCAAGGAGCAGUUAUCUACCCCCCAUCCUUUGCCGCCAGAUGAUAUUGAGGAAAAUCUGAUUGUCAUUAGAUCGAAGAAGCGUAAAAGCCUGGCCUUGGAGCUUUUGCCAUGGCACAAGGAACGUUCACAGAGGCUUCAAAGUAUCAGCAUGGCGGAACUGGAUUGGGCACGAGCUUCAAAUAGGUGGAUUGAGAAGGUGGAGGAUGCUGAACUGUUCGAAGAUGGAUAUUCAAUGCCUCAACCACAGAGGAGGCUUAUUUUGACGAUACAGCUAAUGCAGCAACUACUUCGGUCCAUACCAGCAGCAAUUCUCUCCGGGAAGGCUACUUCAGAAUAUGAGAGUGUGACAUACUUUUCUGCUAAAUUAGCAUUAGAAGAUGCAUGCAGCGUGAUGUCUUGCUCAGUGACCGAUUCUCAUGAGCAUCAUAGUACGGGAAACAUGAUGUCUGAAAGGCUCAAGGCUUUUGGAAGCGUAGGAGAUCAGUUUUUAUCAAAAGUUGUGGAAGACUUUAUUGGCCGAGUAAGGAAGCUGGAAAAUGAUUUGUCAAGAUUGGAAAAGAUAGCUUCGGUUUUGGAUAUAAAGGUUGAAUGCCAGGAUUUGGAAAGGUUCUCGAUCAUCAACCGUUUCGCUAAAUUCCAUGGCCGGAGCAAUGCAUCGGAUGGGAUCGAAAACUCAUCGUCCUCCGGAGCAACUGUCCAGAGAGCAUACCCCCAGAGAUAUGUGACUGCGCUUGCUAUGCCUAGAAAUCUUCCUGAGGGGGUGCUCUGUCUCUCACUUUAAUCAUUUAAUUGCAUUGAUUUUUUUACUCGUAGCUGCCCAGUAAUUUAGUCCUCUCUCUCUCUCUCUCUCUCUCUCUCUCUCUGUUUAUAUAUACAUACACACCGGCCACAUGAACAAGUACAAGGCAAUAUAGAGGGGAAAAAAAAUCUAAGUAGAUUGGGUUUUAGAUGGGGCGAUUAGUUUGGAGGGGAAUCAAAGGUUGUAGAUGUUUGGGACAAAGUGCAGGUUCUUGUAUAUUGCAAUUUGGUAGAUUUUUUUUUUCUUCGUUUUCAUCUCUCCAAGAGAACACAGUGAAGUGUUAGCAACUUCAUUGUAUGGUAGUCUUCUUGACUGUGCAGGGCAGCUGGAGUUUAAUACGAAUUCUAUUUUGGAGCGAAUUGUAUUUUUGUA